AUGGUCCGAAAUAAAGAAUUUCGACCGGGUCGGGAACCCUUCCAGGGCCACCCCAGCCUAGAGCUCCGCCGAAGCCAUAUCACCGGUCCUAUGCCGUUCUUGAAUCCGACACGGGCGCGGUACGCACCCGCCCCAGGGAAAGAUGUCUCAAAUUCAACGGACCAGCCCACCUCACAAAGACCCACCACUCCCCCCGGCUCCAAACCCACACCCACACCCGCACCCACACCCGGGUUUGUGGAGCAUGUAUGGCGAUCGCGCGACAAUCGCAAGGGACGACAUCCGCUGCAAGUGGACUACCAGGCAGCGCAGCAGGAUGCCGCGAACGUGCCGCCCGAGCCCACGUCCACGAUCAGGGAGGCUGGGAAGGGGAUUGUGCGGAUGGCUACAUGCGUACCUUACUGGGAUGUGUCGUACCUUGUCGCAGUGACAUUUACGCUUGGGUCCGUGGUCUGGAUCAUCAACGCGUUCUUUGUGUGGCAGCCGCUUGUGGAUCCGCAGACCGAGUUCUCUGGGGAGUCCACGGUGGGCGGUGGAGUAAGUGGAUUCAUCGGUGCUACGAUAUUCGAGGUUGGUAGUGUUUUAUUACUUCUGGAGGCUGUCAAUGCGCACCAGACGGGGUGUUUUGGGUGGGCGUUGGAGACGGAACUGAGGAAGGCCGAGGGCGACACGGUUCCGACGGUCACGGUGAAGCCGGUUGAGAACGAUUGCCAGCAUCACCAUGCGAACAGGAAGAAUCUGGUAGGAGCUGGCAAAUCGACUCGACAUUUCUCGCGUGAGAUCGAGGAGGGUUAUUCUACGUCGUCGCCGGAUGGCAGAUCGUUCCGAUGGGUGCCAUCGAUGUCGGAGCUUCGGAGCCAUUAUCUCCACGAACUGGGGUUCUUGGCAUCGCUAGUUCAGUUCUUUGCUGCUAGCAUUUUCUGGAUUGCAGGGUUAACGGGCUUACCCGGCAUUCUUGACCAUAUGAGCCAAGGUCUAACUGAUGGAAUAUACUGGGUACCACAGAUGAUUGGCGGUGCUGGAUUCAUUUUGAGCGGACUGCUCUUUACCCUUGAAACCCAGCAAAAAUGGUACCAACCAGCACCUCGAGUUCUGGGCUGGCAUAUUGGAGUUUGGAAUUUCAUCGGUGGGAUUGGAUUCACUCUAUGCGGUGCCUUGGGUCCUGCAACUAGUUCCUCUCGUGUGGAGUACCAAGCCACCCUUGCUACCUUCUGGGGAUCAUGGGCGUUUAUGAUCGGAUCCACAAUACAGUGGUAUGAAAGUCUUCAGAAGUAUCCCGUUGAAAAAGAAAAAAGCGGCGGUCUCAACACCCAGCCACAAUAG